UUGACAUUGUAGUACACUGCCCGCACAGGAAGUGUGCGUUGACAGAAGAAAAGAAAGCAUCGUGAAGAAGUUAGAUUAUAACUUUAUUUAACGUGGUUUAAUAUUGAUGUUUGUGUAGAAUAUCAUUGUAUGCAUGUUGCUAUAACUAAUUCUGCGACCUUCAAAACACAACAAAGAAAAUGUUUGCGGGAUUGCCUGAGCUUGGGAUAUCCAAUGGCGAGGAUCUCAAAGAAACUCUCACCAACUGCACUGAGCCUUUGAAAGCCAUUGAUCAGUUUCAGACAGAGAAUGGCAUUUUAUUGCCAACUCUCCAGUCUGCACUACCCUUUCUGGACCUUCAUGGCACCCCUCGACUGGAGUUUCACCAGUCGGUGUUCGACGAGCUUCGCGAUAAGUUGAUGGAGAGAGUCGCCACCAUUGCAGAAGGCAAAGAAGAGGACCGUUAUGGUAAACUAGAGGAGCUGCUGGAAAAGAGCUUUCCUCUCGUGAAGAUGCCCUCAAUACAACCAGUGGUCAUGCAGGUCCUGAAGCAUCUACCAAAGGUGCCAGAGAAGAAGCUGAAGGUGGUGAUGGCUGACAAGGAGCUUUAUAAGGUCUGUGCAGUCGAGGUGAAGAGGCAGAUCUGGCAGGACAACCAGGCCCUCUUCGGCGAUGAGGUCUCUCCCCUGCUGAAGCAGUACAUAGUGGAGAAGGAAGCGGCCCUCUUCAGCAACGACCUCUCCAUCCUCCACAACUUCUUCAGCCCCUCGCCCAAAACCAGACGCCAGGGAGAGGUGGUCCUCAAGCUGACCCAGAUGAUUGGGAAGAACGUGAAGCUUUACGACAUGGUUCUGCAGUUCCUGAGAACCCUCUUUCUGCGGACGCGGAACGUCCACUACUGCACACUGCGUGCCGAGCUGCUGAUGUCCCUCCACGACCUGGACAUCAGUGAGAUCUGCUCCGUAGACCCCUGCCACAAGUUCACCUGGUGCUUGGAUGCCUGCAUCCGGGAGAAGUUUGUGGAUGCCAAGCGGGCCAGGGAGCUGCAAGGUUUUCUGGAUGGAGUCCGGAAAGGACAGGAGCAAGUUCUAGGGGAUCUCUCCAUGAUUCUGUGCGACCCGUUUGCCUGUAACACCUUGGUGUUGAGUACUGUCCGAAACCUCCAGGAACUGCUGAGCCAGGACGCUCUUCCCAGGGACAGCCCAGACCUGUUGCUACUCCUGAGAAUGCUGUCCCUCGGUCAAGGCGCUUGGGAUAUGAUCGACAGCCAGGUUUUCAAAGAGCCGCGAUUGGAUGUGGAGGUUGUGACCCGCUUCCUGCCUGCCAUGAUGUCGGUGGUGGUGGACGACUACACCUUCACGGUGGAGCAGAAGCUGCCCAGUGAGGAGAAGACCUCCGUCACAUACCCCACCUCUCUGCCGGAUUCCUUCAACAAGUACCUGCAGGAGAACCGAGUGGCCUGUGAAAUGGGCCUGUACUAUGUCCUCCACAUUGCCAAACAGAGGAACAAGAAUGCCUUACAACGGUUGCUUCCCUCUUUGGUGGAGACCCUCAACGACAUGGCGUUUGGGGACAUCUUCCUGCACCUGCUGACCGGACACCUCACCCUGCUGUCGGACGAGUUCAGCACAGAGGAGUUCUGCACUGCUGUCUUCGAUGGCUUCCUCCUGACCUCCUACUCAAGCAAAGAGAACGUCCACAGACACUCUCUGCGCUUGUUGCUGCAUCUCCACCACAAGGUGCUGCCAUCGUACAUGGAGACCUUGAUGAAAACCCUGGAGCCGCCCAAACAAAGUAGUGAGCCGGUGAAGGAGUUAUACACCCAGCUCACAGAGAAGCUGGAGGCCCAGAAGAAGAGCCCCCCAGAGCCAGACGAGGCCCCCUCUCUGGACCUCGGCCUCCAUCCUGUCACGGUCCCCACCACGGCCUCCACCCCCACCACACCCGUCUGAGAGGAGCACGCAGCUUGAGGGGCCAGAGGCAGAAGACUAACGGUCGGAAAAGGCGACGCUGAUAUUGGAUGUAGACGUUAAUGUCAGCACCGGCUGAGAAAGGCUACACUUGAAUGAAUGGUGUACCAUGUUCAUUUAUAUCAUCUGGUCAAAGUUUUGGUUGUUUUUCUGUAUGUAUUUUCGAAGACAGAUGUUUCGUAGCAGUCUUCCAGCUUUGAUAUUGUAACCCAGUGUUCAGGGUUUUUUUUCAGUGGAUAAAAUUACUUUUAUAAGCAUGUAGUUUUGCUUUAUUAUUUGACAAAUAUAUUUUCAUAUAUACAGUAGAUAGUCUGAAUGUCGUACGUGCUGGUAUUGUAUCAGUGAAGCAAGCUGUAAAUAAAUAAUUAUCUUUGUGU